GGUGAAGAUAUAGGCUAUGCUCUCGGUGAUGAGUUGCCUCUAAACAGGACAGAAGCGCCAUCUGUUUUGGGCCCACGUAGUUCUGCGCUGGACAAGGAACAUAGCAAUUAUCAUCCUUGGGGCGUACUCUUUACAGUCCUUGGUACUGUGUUCCUGGACUUUGAUGCUGACGCCUGCCAGAGCCCGGCCCGAGCUUAUCUCCUUGACGUGACAGUUCCAGAGGACCAUGCUAAAGGUCUCAGCACAUUCACGGUGAUGGCUGGACUAGGCGGCUUCAUGGGGUAUGCGCUCGGCGGCAUAAACUGGGACGACACCCGAUUAGGUGAACUAUUCGGUGGGCACGUCCGUGCAGUGUUCUCACUAAUCACCAUAAUCUUCGUCGCUUGUGUCACCGCUACUAUCACCAGCUUCAAGGAGAUACCUCUGUCUGAACUAACUGACCAAGAGGAGUUCAGAAAACAAGCGGAGACUGAACGAGCCCAAGAGAGCUUCGACGAGGGUCCUGAAGGACCGGACAAGACCCUGAAGAAGGAUAAUGUAACGUAUGGAGCGUUAAAUCAGCCGGAGAAUGGUGCAGCUAUAAAUGUGGUGGAGACUGGUCAUGCGAGUGGGAACCUCUCUCUGGCCCACUACUUGAAGUCCAUCGUCCUGAUGCCCAACUCCUUACGCGUGGUAUGCCUGACCAACCUGUUCUGCUGGAUGGCCCAUGUCUGCUACUCGCUCUACUUCACUGACUUCGUCGGAGAAGCUGUCUUCGGAGGAAAUCCUGCGGCGCCAGUAGGCAGUAUUUCUCGUUCGGAGUAUGAAGCUGGAGUACGUUUCGGAUGCUGGGGCAUGGCGAUGUACUCACUCUCCUGUGCUUGCUACUCGACUAUCAUCGAGCGCCUCAUCAAACGACUUGGAGCAAAACGCGUGUAUGUGGGUGGUCUCUGCACUUACAGCUGCGGUAUGAUGGCGCUGUGUCUCAUCAGGGCGAAGGCCGCAGUGUUGCUGUGCAGCUGGACCGCUGGAGUCAUGUACUCCACGCUCUUCACCAUGCCUUAUCUUCUGGUCGCUCAUUAUCACGCUACAGGCAUGUGGGACAGCGGUGGCGGUGGUUGUGGAGAAGAGCGAGGCAUCGGCACAGAUGUAGCUGUGAUCAGCAGCUGCGUGUUUGUGGCACAACUCCUGGUUUCCUUCAUCAUGGGUUUCGCAGUCAAAGCCAUGGGAUCCACUGCAGCAGUGGUAGCAGUUGCUGCCACAUUGGCUGCAGCGGCUGCCGUCACUGCCACGAAGAUAACUUACUUGGAUCUGUAAAAUAGUUAUAUGAUUGUUAUGUUUAGCGAGAAUUUUUGUUUAUCUAGUCUAGUCCUAGUAAAUAAUGGAGUUUUGUAAGUUCCUGGUCAAAACUUGUUUGCCAAUAAUGUAUCGUUCAUUUAGUAAUAGUCUAUUGAACAUCAUCAAUAAACCUGUUGUACCCUGUUGGAUGAUAAAAGAAUAGAUAGGUACAUAAUUAUGCCGUGCAAACAGAAUAAUGUUUCUUAAAAUUCUAACGCCAUAAAAAUAACUUUCUCAAGUUUCUAAUGUAAACGAAGCCAUUUUUGGAAAGGCUCUUUGUAAUCGACCUUAUCCUAUCUGAUCGAUAAACUAGACAAAUUUGAAUAUCGCCUGUUGAAUCUCAUUUUUAUUAGAAAUUCUUUAAGUCUUGUUACCUAAAGAUGAUAGCGGCAAAAAGCAAAC